UUGUUAAGGUUAUCGUCGAUAUCGUCGUGGAGGAAUACAAUCGCUCGUAUAAAUUGUAUCGGUGGGUUCUUUCAUAUUUUUACCUAACAAUAAGAUUACUGUGUUUUCAGGAUUUUCGUCCCAAUUUGUUUUCAAACAUGAGAUGCAUUUUUUGAGGGUUUCGAAUACAAAUGUAUGUGAGUUUGAGCAUCUGAAUGUCAAAAUUAAAAAAAAUUUCAGGGCCGCCGCGUUCAAAUCAGACAAUGUAGGAAAGUAGACGUUUUGAAGUGUGUUGUAGUUGUUGAACCGACGACGAUAUUUGAGGUAUGUAAUUUUUGUGACCCUUUUGAUGAAAAUUUUUCUUUCAAUACAAAAUAUCAAGAGCCGACCAGGCCUACUGUAGUUUGGUUCUCUCUUCAACGGCUCUUAUAUUUUCGGAUUCAAAGAAUAACUACAAAAUUGUGUCAAAUUUAGAAAAAAAAUUCAUAAAUUUUCAAGCUGGGAAAUUUGGCCGAAAAGUGCUUUUUUUGAAAACAUAUACAUUAAUUAAUUAAUUAAUUAAUUGUAAUUAGGGGUUUCCUAUGAAAUUUCAUUCCAAAAAUAUUUCUAAAAAUUAUAGAAUUCCCAUAAGUAAGAAAAACCCAAGGAAAAUUCGUUGUUUUUAAAAUUCAAAAUUUUACAGGAAAAUCAUAUCGCGAAACUGGAUGAAAACGCUUGGGCGGCUCAUAAUGCAAAAUCGACAUGCCCAGUCAACGAUCAAAGUUAA